CAGAAAUGAGCUUCCGCUUGCCUCUUUAUGUGUAAGGUGAACUGAAGCGGCCGGCUGCCCUUUCGCAGAGGCCUCUGGGACGUUGUCCUCGCUUUCCCAGAAUUCUGGGCAGCACCUGAUUGCCGCGUCUGGCUAAUGGCGUGGUCCCUGCCCCGGUGGGCGGGUGGGACGCUAUGGCGCUGCGCAGCCGGGGCCGCCCGGAGCUUCUCCUUAGGCAUCCCUAAAACAGCCCCCGUGAAGACAGCCCUCCCGCCCCUUAAGGUAGUGGAUCGAUGGAAUGAGAAGAGGAGCCUGUUUGGGGUGUAUGACAACAUCGGAAUCCUGGGAAAUUUUGAACGGCACCCCAAGGACCUGAUUAAAGGGCCCAGAUGGCUCCGGGGCUGGAAAGGGAAUGAAUUGCAGCGGUGUAUCCAGAAGAAGAAAAUAGUGGGAGAUCGCAUGUUUGUUCAGGACUUACACAACCUAAAUAAGCGGAUCAAAUACCUCUACAAACAGUUCAAUAGAAAGGGGAAGCACCGAUAGAGAACUCUAGCUAGUGAUGAUAGGAACCCUCAUCCCUCAUCUGUCACCCGUCAGGGACACUUUUUGGGUAGAGAAACUUCUCAGUGUGGAGAAAGGCCUUUGUAAUGUAUUUAUAAUAAAAUUGAUCGACUAGC